AGAAAAGACAUCAGAGGUGCAAACAUGUUCAGGUGGGCUGAAGAUGACUUGGCUGCUGGUGCUCCACCAUGUCUUCAGAGUCAAAGCCAACCAGCAGAUGACAAAAUCUACAUCAUGUAUCAUGGCACUACUAGAGCGGCUGCAGACCAAAUAAAAAAACAGGGGUUUUGCCAGUCUAAGGAUGGCAUGCUUGGACGUGGCGUCUACCUCAGCCGAGAUCUACAGAAGGCCUCUAGAUACCCUGUGGAGCUGCCUGAGGACAAGAGAGUGGUGUUGAGAGUGAGGGUGAAUGUUGGUAGAGUUAUAAAGAUUGACCAUCAACGUCAUCCACUGCAGAAAACCUGGCAUGAUAAAGGGUACGACACUGCCUGGUGCCCUCCAAAAUGUGGCAUGGUGCGAAGCGGUCUUGAAGAAGAUUGUGUUUGGGAUCCAAAACGUAUCCAGGUCAUUGAUGAAAUCUGCCCACAAAAGACAGCAACAUAUUGUGGCUUUGGUGACCCUUAUAAGUGA